AUGAAGGUCCCAGCAGCACUCAGGACAGCACUCGGCCACCCUCCACCUCGAGCGGCCACUCCCCGCACCGCCCUCGCCUUGCUCCGCCCCGCCUCGCUCCCCUCAUCACCUCGAGCACCACCUCGACCAUCGGCACCGCACCGCCUGCUGUCGAGCACGGCCACGACCCGCGCAACUGCCACCUCGCAGUCCAUCUACACCCCCGGCGCAUCCUGCCCAUCCUGCCAAACCCCGACUCCUCCCACCCUCUCCCCGCUCUGCCCCUCGUGCUCGUCCCUCCUCCCGCCGCCGCCCCAUGCCACCACCUACUUCGCCCUCUUUGGCCUCGAGCCCACUUUCGCCCUCGACCCCGCCACCCUCAAGCGCUCGUUCCUCCAGCUCCAGCAAAAAGUCCACCCCGACAUGUUCUCCGGCAAGGGCGACGUCGAGGACUGGGCAAAAGCCUGGAGCGGCAAGGUCAACGACGCCUACAAGGUCCUCUUGAACGACCGCGAGCGCGGCGAAUACCUCCUCUCCUUGCACGACGUGACGAUCGGCGAGGCCGACCCCGUCACCGACCCAGAGCUGCUCAUGGCCAUCAUGGAGGUGCGCGAGGCGCUCGAGGAGGCGACGAGCGAGGACGAGGUGGCCCAGAUCCGUCAGCGCAACAAGGACAAGCGCAAGGAGACCGUCGACGAGCUCUCGACCGUCUUUGCCUCGUCGUCCCCCGACCUCGAGCGCGCCCGCGACCUCGUCAUCGAGCUCAAGUACCUCGACAACAUCGACUCGGUCUGCCGCGAGUGGGCACCCGGCAAGGACGUCCCCAACCUGCAACACUGA